AUGAGCCUCUCCAUGAGAGAUCCGGUCAUUCCUGGGACAAGCAUGGCCUACCAUCCGUUCCUACCUCACCGGGCGCCGGACUUCGCCAUGAGCGCGGUGCUGGGUCACCAGCCGCCCUUCUUCCCCGCGCUGACGCUGCCUCCCAACGGCGCGGCGGCGCUCUCCCUGCCGGGCGCCCUGGCCAAGCCGAUCAUGGAUCAAUUGGUGGGGGCGGCCGAGACCGGCAUCCCUUUCUCGUCCCUGGGGCCCCAGGCGCAUCUGAGGCCUCUGAAGACCAUGGAGCCCGAAGAAGAGGUGGAGGAUGACCCCAAGGUGCACCUCGAGGCCAAAGAACUUUGGGAUCAGUUCCACAAGCGGGGCACCGAGAUGGUCAUUACCAAGUCGGGAAGGCGAAUGUUUCCUCCAUUUAAAGUAAGAUGUUCUGGGCUGGAUAAAAAAGCCAAAUAUAUCUUGUUGAUGGACAUUAUAGCUGCUGAUGACUGUCGAUAUAAAUUUCAUAAUUCUCGGUGGAUGGUGGCGGGUAAGGCUGACCCUGAAAUGCCAAAGAGAAUGUACAUUCACCCAGACAGCCCUGCUACCGGGGAACAGUGGAUGUCCAAAGUUGUCACUUUCCACAAACUGAAACUCACCAACAACAUUUCGGACAAACACGGAUUUACUUUGGCCUUCCCAAGUGAUCACGCAACGUGGCAGGGGAAUUAUAGUUUUGGUACUCAGACAAUAUUGAACUCCAUGCACAAAUACCAGCCUCGGUUCCACAUUGUGAGAGCCAAUGACAUCUUGAAACUUCCCUAUAGUACAUUUCGGACUUACUUGUUCCCCGAAACCGAAUUCAUCGCUGUGACGGCAUACCAGAACGAUAAGAUAACUCAGCUAAAAAUAGACAACAACCCUUUUGCAAAAGGUUUCCGGGACACUGGAAAUGGCAGGAGAGAAAAAAGAAAACAGCUCACCCUGCAGUCCAUGAGGGUGUUUGAUGACAGACAUAAAAAGGAGAAUGGCACCUCAGAUGAGUCCUCCAGCGAACAGGCUGCCUUCAACUGCUUUGCUCAGUCCUCGUCUCCAGCUGUGUCCACUGUAGGGACGUCAAACCUCAAAGAUCUGUGUCCCAGCGAGGGUGAGAGCGACGCCGAGGCCGACAGCAAAGAGGAGCAUGGCCCCGAGGCCUGCGACGCGGCCAAGAUCUCCACCACCACGUCGGAGGAGCCGUGCCGCGACAAGGGCAGCCCCGCGGUCAAGGCGCACCUCUUCGCCGCCGAGCCUGGCGGCCGGCCCCGGGACAGCGGGCGGCUGGACAAGGCGUCGCCCGACUCGCGCCACAGCCCGGCCACCAUCUCGUCCAGCACCCGCGGCCUGGGCGCCGAGGAGCGCCGGAGCCCGGGCCGCGAGGGCGCGGCCACGUCCAAGGCCGAGGAGGGGCGCGCGCUGCCGGGCAAGGAGGCCUUCGCGCCGCUCACGGUGCAGACAGACGCGGCCGCCGCCGCCGCGCACCUGGGCCAGGGCCCCCUGCCCGGCCUCGGCUUCGCCCCCGGCCUGGCCGGCCAGCAGUUCUUCAACGGGCACCCGCUCUUCCUGCACCCCGGCCAGUUCGCCAUGGGGGGCGCCUUCUCCAGCAUGGCGGCGGGCAUGGGGCCCCUGCUGGCCACCGUGUCCGGGGCCUCCACCGGCGUCUCGGGCCUGGAUUCCACGGCCAUGGCCUCCGCCGCCGCGGCGCAGGGACUGUCGGGGGCGUCGGCGGCCACCCUGCCUUUCCACCUCCAGCAGCACGUCCUGGCCUCUCAGGGCCUGGCCAUGUCGCCUUUUGGAAGCCUGUUCCCUUACCCCUACACGUACAUGGCCGCGGCGGCGGCGGCGUCUUCGGCCGCGGCCUCCAGCUCCGUGCACCGCCACCCCUUCCUCAACCUGAACAGCAUGCGCCCGCGGCUGCGCUACAGCCCCUACUCCAUCCCCAUGCCGGUCCCGGACAGCGGCAGCCUGCUCACCACAGCCCUGCCGUCCAUGGCGGCGGCCGCGGGGCCCCUGGACGGCAAAGCCGCCGCGCUGGCCGCCAGCCCGGCCUCGGUGGCGGUGGACUCAGGCUCGGAACUCAACAGCCGCUCCUCCACGCUCUCCUCCAGCUCUGUGUCCUUGUCGCCCAAACUCUGCCCCGAGAAGGAGGCGGCCACCAGCGAACUGCAGAGCAUCCAGCGGUUGGUCAGCGGCCUGGAAGCCAAGCCGGACAGGUCCCGCAGCGGGUCCCCAUAAACCCCUCCCUAGAAAAAAAUCUCUUCAUUCCAGUCCAGUCCAGUCUGCAGUGCACUUUGUUGGAUGUAAAAUAAACCACGGGCGUGCAGUGGGGUUGGCCCUUCUUUGUGCAGUCCUGUCUGGGAAGGGGUGCCGGACUCCCUCUAGAGAAUAUGCUAGAAACAGGCCCUGUCUUCUUGGCGUGGUUUAUAUAUCCGGGAUCUGGCUCAGAUUCUGGGGCUCAGAAAUGUCUGUUGCAUUGAGCUAUUGGGGUGGGAGUGAAAACAUUUAUGGCCAGAGCACCUCCAGCCAGGCUGGUCUGGGAGCUGUGGGAAGAAAAAGGUAGCCAGGCCCACCAGGAGGGGAGGUGUGGAAAGGCUUCUCCCCCAGUGCAGAUUUAUAUAUUUUUUCCUUCACCGUGUCAAGUAGAAACAAAAACAAAAUUAAAAAAAAAUACUGGGGACUAAUGACUACAUUAACAUGAUUCUGUUUGUGAAGAUUAAAAACUUUAUAGUGACUUGCAUAUCAGUUCUGAAUAAAUUACUGAGCAGCGUUGUUUGGGGAGGGAAGUCCUUGCCAUCCUUGUUUGGUCUCUAUUAAGGAAAUCUGUGUCUUUUUAAUAUUCUUGUGAUGUUUUAAGAGCCGCUAUAGGUCUCUUCUUGCAUGUUCCACAGUAAUGUAUUUGUGGUUUUUAUUUUGAAUGCUUGCUUUUAGAGAGAACAGAACAUGACCCCACACCUUUCUCCCCCCUCUUCUCUACCCUCCCGUCGGCAACCCCAAGGGGGGAGGAUUUAGAGGGAAGGGGUGGGGAAAACACAAAAAUGAAUUUAUUUUAUCUAAGCUCUGUAGCAGGAUUUAUGUCCUUUGGCAGUUCUUUCUCUUUCCUGUAUAUGCAAUAACAAGGUUUUAAGAAAAAUAAUAAAGAAGAAGCGA